GGCGGGCAACACCCUUCGUUCGUACCACACUGACUGAACACGAAAUGGCGGUGGCGUCGAACUGUGUUCGUAAAUCUCUCCAAAUAGCUUCAUCUUCAGCCAAAACCCUAUUAUCUCGUCGAUCACCUCUACCUCCUUCUUCUUCAAACCCCAAUAAAUUCAACGCCUCUGCUUCUUCUUUUCAAGCUUCCCCACACAAACGCUCCCUCUCCAACUCCUGGUUCCCGGUGCAAUUGGCUGGUGCACAAGUCUCAUUGACGCCAUUGCAUAGUGCCACUGCUUCUGCAUUGUUCACUUCUCUGCUGUCUUUGCACAAUAACAACUGGGGUUGUCUUUCAGAAGGUUUUGCAACAACUUUAUAACACGGCGAUGGUAUCUUUGCUUUUAGGCCAUCCAGAUACCCUUAGGUGCAGGUCUUCUUCCAACACUUGUUUCUAGUUCGUGCUGCCAUUAAUAAUGUAUUUUGAUUAAUUUUUUCGUUAUUUACUGAGACUCUCGGGUCAUUACAAGGUGUUUUUCCAUUUGAACUUUCCGUUUUUUCCAGAUGGUUAACCCUUCAAUCUGGGAAAUUUUUCAUGUAAAAUGUAUACUAGUUUAUCAAGUGAUUUUAUUUUGCAUGAAUCUUCCGUUAAUUUUUAUUUUUGCAUGAUUUUUUCCUUGUAGCAGAAAGAUUACAUUGCAGGGUGUUUAGUUUUGUUUGAAUUUCGUUGAUUAGUUGUGUUGACUACUAGUUGAACCUCUUGAUGUUUAAUUUAGUUUG